AAUCACUUUAAAAUAUCAAGCUUGAAGGUAUCUCAAAAAAGCUACUCACUUUUCUAACUUCCCAAAAAUUCUCUCCACCAAACACACCUCAACACCUCCCCCACUCAAAUCUCGCCUCCAAAAAUGGCCGAAACUUCCGUUGAAUCCCUCCUCCCUACUGUCACAGAGACAGAGACACCCCUACCGCCGGCGGCGGUGGCGGAGUCUGAGAUACCGGUAAAACCUGAGCCUACUGUAGUAGAAGUAAUUGAAUCGGAGAAACCAAAGCCAAUCGACCCCCAAAAAGUCCCUCAAUCGUUGAUUUCGUUCAGGGAAGAGAGCAAUAGAGUUGCAGAUCUUUCGGAUUCCGAGAGAAAGGCUCUUGAAGAGUUCCGGUUUCUUCUUCAGGAAGCUUUGAACAAGCAUGAGUUCACCUACCCGCCUCCUCCAGCGGCGGCCAAAGUGGAAGAGAUUCCGGCCAAACCCACUUCUGAUACUGCACCAAAACCUCCGGAUACUGAAACCCACAUCUCAGAAGAAUCAGGGAUUGUCAAAGAAAAGUCACCUGAAUCAGUGGUUGUAGAGAAAGAGACUGCUGAGACUUCCAAGACUGAGAUUUCUGAUUCGCCACCCGAUGAGGUUUCGAUUUGGGGCGUGCCGCUGCUCAAGGACGAUACAAGUGAUGUGAUUCUACUGAAAUUCUUACGAGCCAGAGAUUUCAAGGUGAGGGACGCACUUGCAAUGCUCAGGAACACAAUCCUUUGGAGGAAAGAGUUCAAUGUCGAUGCCCUAAUCGAUGAGGACCUCGGCGAAGAUCUCGAAAAGGUUGUGUUCAUGCACUGUUUCGACAUGGAAGGACACCCUGUGUGUUACAAUGUGUAUGGUGAGUUUCAGAACAAGGAAUUGUAUCAGAAAACAUUUGCUGAUGAGAAGAAGAGGAUGAGAUUCUUGCGGUGGCGAAUUCAGUUCCUGGAGAGGAGCAUUAGGAAGCUUGAUUUCAGUCCUGGUGGUAUUUCUACUCUUUUUCAAGUUAGCGAUCUCAAGAACUCGCCCGGCCCUGCAAAGAGGGAGCUUCGAAUAGCCACCAGACAGGCUCUACAGUUGCUUCAGGACAAUUACCCUGAAUUCGUUGCCAAACAGGUGUUCAUCAAUGUUCCUUGGUGGUAUCUGGCAUUUUAUACAAUGAUCAGUCCGUUCUUGACCCAAAGGACCAAAAGCAAGUUUGUAUUUGCUGGUCCAUCAAAAACUGCAGAAACUCUUUUCAAAUACAUAUCUCCAGAACAAGUACCGAUUCAGUAUGGUGGCCUAAGUGUUGAUUUCUGCGAUUGCAACCCUGAAUUCAGCAUUGAUGAUCCAGCCACAGAGAUUACUGUUAAACCUGCAACGAAGCAAACUGUCGAGAUCCAAGUAAACGAGAAAUGUAUUAUUGUUUGGGAGCUACGGGUGGUGGGCUGGGAAGUGAGCUACAGUGCUGAGUACGUGCCUAAUGCUGAAGGUGCAUAUACAGUGGUCAUACAAAAGGCAAAGAAGAUGGCCCAAACUGAUGAACCGGUGGUUUGUAACAGCUUCAAAAUUAGUGAACUUGGCAAGAUUGUUCUCGCUGUUGACAACUCCACCUCAAAAAGGAAGAAGCUUGUUUACAGGUUCAAGGUCAAACCUUUCUGUGAUUGAAGACCUUGAACCACUACAGGUGCUUUUGAUUUAACUUCCAGCGGGGCAGUAUGAGUUCCCCAAUCUCAUAAUAAUACUUGAAGAUGUAUUGGUUUGUUGUGUUAGUAAGUGGCAAGAGAAUUUAUUUGGUGUUUAAAUUCAGAAUUUUUUGGGGGGGCCAUUUAUAUAUUUCUCUGCCUUAUUAUUGGUUCAUAAUCUGUCCUUGUUUCGGUUGGAGUGCAUAGCUUGUGGUGGUUGGCGCAUGAUUUGAAUUUGACUUGGGUCUGUGAGGCUUGGAAGAAGUGUGUAGCGUAGGGGCUAAUGAAUGAAGGAUGUAUCUGAAGGAAGGGUAUCUGCAUUUUGAGAUAUGUUGUUGUAAAACUUCUGUCUAUUUUUGCGUUGGGGUGCUUUGCUUUGUAUAUUUUCCACGACUGGAUGUCUUUUUAUAUGAAUCUUUUUGAUAUUAUAUGUUUAUACUGUUGCAAAUGUACAUUUACAACACUGCCUUCUUGUUUUGUGUC